AGCAGCAGCAGCAGCAGAUCACAGAUGACCGGACGUGAACUUUAGCUCGCAGUCACAACCCCACAACUCACGUCUGCAUGAAGCUGCUCCUCACAGGGAAACACACGGAAAUGAGCAGCUUUUCAGCCGGACAAGAAAAAUGUUGAUCCUGGAAGUCCCCGUGUGAAGAAGCGUCUCCAGACUCGGUCAUGUCUUCUCUCAGAUCCAGACCUCCUCUGUCCUGACACAGGUUUUUUUCUUUUUACAACCAGGAUCUUAACGUUCUACCUCAACACACGUGGACUCUACUCCCUCUGUUCUACCUCGUGUUCCUCUACCUCAACACAUCCUGUACGCUCACAGACGCACGCAGCCGUUAUCAGCCGGCUCAGAAACACCAGCGGACUCUUUCACUUUAUCAGGUUUUCAGGCGUCAGUAGUGUGACACAGUAGACUUUGAGGUUUUCUUCCUGCUCUGCUGCUGUCAUCGCCAGCUGGGGAGGAGCCGACCCCUAAAGCCACCAUGUUUAGCGGGGGUUUGUGAUGUACCAGGCCUGCGACGGACCAGGAACAGUGGACGGAGAAGGGCGGAGCGACAGGGGCGUAGCUCGGUUCGUGGUUGGCUGUGGGGAUGACGAGCAGGACAUGGGCCAAAUGGAGGCAGGCAUGAAGAACGAGAUGUUUCGAGAAGAAGACAUGGAGGACUGUGAGGAUGAGUCGCCACCGGAGCGACAGAUCGUGGUCGGCAUAUGUGCCAUGAUGAAGAAGUCCAAAUCCAAACCCAUGACCGAGAUCCUGGAGCGACUCUGCAAGUUUGACUACAUCAACAUGGUGAUCUUUCCCGAGGAGGUGAUCCUGGAGGAGCCCGUGGAGAAGUGGCCUCUCUGCGACUGCCUCAUCUCCUUCCACUCCAAAGGUUUCCCCCUGGACAAAGCUGUGGAGUACGCCAAGCUCAGGAAUCCACUGCUCAUCAACGAUCUUAACAUGCAGUAUUUCAUACAGGACAGGAGGGAAGUGUACCGGAUCCUUCAGGAGGAGGGCAUUGAACUCCCUCGUUACGCCGUGUUAAACAGAGACCCUGACAAUCCUGAAGAGUGUAACCUGGUGGAGGCGGAGGACCAUGUGGAGGUGAACGGGGAGGUGUUCCCUAAACCCUUCGUGGAGAAACCCGUGUGUGCAGAGGACCACAAUGUCUACAUCUAUUACCCAACGUCUGCUGGAGGGGGAAGUCAGAGACUCUUCAGAAAGAUUGGGAGUCGUAGCAGUGUGUACUCCCCAGAAACCAGCGUACGAAAAACUGGCUCCUACAUCUACGAGGAGUUUAUGCCCACGGAUGGCACUGACGUGAAGGUUUACACAGUGGGUCCAGACUACGCCCACGCGGAGGCCCGGAAAUCUCCCGCCCUGGAUGGAAAGGUGGAGCGGGACAGUGAGGGAAAGGAGAUCCGUUACCCCGUCAUGCUGACGGCCAUGGAGAAACUGGUGGCCCGCAAGGUCUGCCUGGCCUUCAAGCAAACAGUUUGUGGGUUCGACCUGCUCAGAGCCAACGGUCACUCCUUCGUCUGCGACGUCAACGGCUUCAGCUUCGUCAAAAACUCCAUGAAAUACUACGACGACUGUGCCAAGGUCCUGGGUAACAUGGUGAUGAGGGAGUUAGCCCCCCAGUUCCACAUCCCCUGGUCCAUCCCCAUGGAAGCUGAAGACAUCCCCAUCGUCCCGACAACCUCAGGAACCAUGAUGGAGCUGCGCUGCGUUAUCGCCAUCAUCCGCCAUGGAGAUCGCACACCAAAGCAAAAGAUGAAAAUGGAGGUCCGACAUCCUUUAUUCUUUGAUUUGUUUGAGAAGUACGGAGGCUUUAAGUCAGGAAAACUAAAGCUGAAGAAGCCAAAACAGCUACAAGAAGUGCUGGAUAUCGCCCGCCUGCUGCUGGUUGAACUGGGCCAGCACAACGACUGUGAGAUCGAGGAGAAGAAAUCCAAACUGGAGCAACUCAAGACUGUCCUGGAGAUGUACGGUCAUUUCUCAGGUAUCAACAGGAAAGUCCAGCUGACCUACCUGCGUAACGGCCAACCUAAAGCCUCCAGCGAAGAAGAAGACUGUAAGAAGGACGGUCCAUCUCUGCUGCUGGUGUUGAAGUGGGGCGGCGAGCUGACGCCUGCAGGCCGGGUUCAGGCUGAGGAGCUGGGCAGGGCCUUCCGCUGCAUGUACCCCGGAGGUCAAGGUGACUAUGCCGGGUUUCCAGGCUGUGGCCUCCUUCGCCUGCACAGCACCUACCGCCACGACCUGAAGAUCUACGCCUCUGACGAAGGCAGGGUGCAGAUGACCGCGGCUGCUUUCGCAAAGGGUCUGCUGGCUCUAGAAGGGGAGUUGACUCCGAUCCUGGUUCAGAUGGUGAAGAGUGCCAACAUGAACGGGCUGCUGGACAGCGACAGCGACUCUCUGACCGACUGCCAACAGAAAGUGAAGGCCAGGCUGCAUGAAAUCAUGCAGAAGAGACAGGAGUUCACAGAGGAGGAUUAUCAGAAGUUGGCACCGACUGGCAGCCCAUCGCUGGUGAACUCAAUGAAGGUCAUACAGGAUCCAGUCAAAACCUGCGACAAGGUCUACGCCCUCAUCCAGAGUCUCAAUUCACAGAUUCGCAAGAGACUGGAGGACCCAAAGUCUGCAGACCUUCAGCUGUACCACAGCGAGACUCUGGAGCUGAUGCUGCAGCGCUGGUCCAAACUGGAGAGGGACUUUCGCAUGAAGAACGGCCGCUACGACAUCAGCAAGAUCCCGGACAUCUAUGACUGUAUCAAAUACGACUCGCAGCACAACGCCUCGCUCGGGCUGGAGGACACGCUGGAGCUGUUCAGACUGUCCCGCGCCCUGGCUGACAUCGUCAUACCACAGGAGUACGGCAUCAGCAAAGCAGAGAAACUGGACAUCGCUCAGGCUUACUGUGUUCCUCUGAUGAAGAAGAUCCAGCUGGACCUGCAGAGGACCCACGAGGACGAGGCCGUCAACAAGCUGCACCCGCUGUAUUCUCGCGGCGUGAUGUCUCCGGGUCGUCACGUCCGCACGCGUCUCUACUUCACCAGCGAGAGCCACGUCCACUCCCUGCUCAGCGUCUUCCGCUACGGAGGACUGCUGGAUUACCAGGAUGAGAAGGACCAGCAGUGGAAACAGGCCAUGGACUACCUGAGUGCCGUGACGGAGCUCAACUACAUGACACAGAUAGUCAUCAUGCUGUAUGAAGACAACAACAAGGACCCUUCCUCAGAGGAGCGUUUCCAUGUCGAGCUUCACUUCAGUCCAGGAGUCAAAGGGUGCGAAGACGAGGAGAACGUUCCUCUUGGAUUUGGCUUCCGCCCGGCGUCCUCAGAGAAUCAAGACAAAAAGCCCAAUCAGGGCAGCCUGGAGGACCUCUCCCAGGACCAGCCGGACCAGGCACUUCCUCUCUCUGAGCCAAUCAACAUCCAGCGACGGUCCCCGAUGAUCCGCAACCGAAAGACGGGCUCCAUGGAGGUCCUCUCUGAGACCUCCCCCACCCAGUCCUCCAAAGGAAGCACAUCCCACCGACUCUUCCCCUCCAGUUCGCGCCAGUCUCCCGAGUGCAAACCAGCCAGUGGCCUAGGUGGGACCCUCCUUUCUGGGUCGCUCUGCUCUGGCCUCUUCAGUGCCUCCGCCCUCGGGGUGUCCUGUAGCGCCCCCAACCUGCGGGACUACGUCCGUACGCACCACCACCUCCACCGAAAGCCGCCCCUGUCCCCCGGCAGUCUGCCGUGCCAGAUUGGCAUGUUUGAGCUGUUCUCUAUGCCGCCAGUAAAGAGAUUUUCUGUGUCGUUUGCCAGGCAUCCGACUAAUGGGUUUGAAGGCUGCUCCAUGGUGCCCUCUAUCUACCCGCUGGAGACGCUGCACAACUCGCUCUCCCUGAAGCAGGUGGACGAGUUCCUCAACAAGGUGUGUGAGAGCAGCAGCGAGGCCCACGCCAAGACCAUGAGAGCUCUCUCCAGCCUGUUUGACUCUCAGAGCCAGACGUCUCUCUACAGCCCUCAGCAGCCGCUGUCCUCCUCCGGAUCUGAAACGUCUCUACGGCCGCCAGGCCAGCCUCUAUGGCAUGGCAGUAUCCCGUCCAGUGCUGUUUCCAGUGCGGGUCCGUCCUCCCCGAUCCCAGAGAGCUCCGGCCUGAACUUCAGCUUCAGUGAGUAGACCAUCUGUCUGAAAAAACAAACAAAAAACCGCAAGGACUUCUGGGUAUCUGCCGCUCCAUUCAUCUUUUCCUCCGUCCUUCUGCUCACAUUCACACUUACAUGAAAAGAAAAACAAACACUGGAUGAGAUGCUGAUUGUGGAGAGAAGCCACUGUACCGCGAGUAUUACCAAACCCUCGGACUGUAAAUAUAACCACUCAACACUGUGCACGGACUCUUCAGCUGCACACGUGUGAUCACCACACCUUCUACGACUCCGUAAAAAGAGAGAAAACACACUGGACCCUCAACGCUUUAACGUCUCUCAUCACCUCGACUCUCCUCCUCAGUUCGUCAACACAUUCAUGAAACCAGCUCCGUAGAGUAACAGUGCAUCAAGCCAACAUUUAGGACCAGCUGUGCCUUUAGGAUGCUGCCUACCUUCAAACAACAACAGUGACUGUUUUUUGUUGUUUUUGUUUUUAAAAUCCCAGAAUAUUUUUGUUAUAUCAGUCACACACCAGCUGCCUCUUCUCUGACCUUAAACGUGUACGGCUGAAAUGCGUUACAGGCUGUGAGUCAAAGUGUCAACCCUCAUUUAUUGGCAUCAAAAAUAUAUUUUUUUAUCUUCACUGUUGUGCUGCAGCAGUGCUGAUAGCCAAUCACAGCCCACCCUGAAACUAAACAAGCUGUUUUAAAUUCAUUAAGUAUUUAGAUUUAGUAUUAUGUUAUCACUUUGGCUGAAAUUUAAAGCUUAAAGGGAUUCUUUUGGACAUUUUGGCAAAUUCGCUUAUUCACUUUUGUUGCUGAUAGUUAUGAUGAGAUGAUCAAUACCGCUCUCAGGUCUGUCGGUUAAAUAUGAAGCGACAGCCAGAAGACUGGAAACAAGGGGGAACAUGUAGCCUUGUUCUGUCAAAAAGGAAAUCAAACAGCGCCCCCUAGUUGUUAGGUUUUAUCUUGCCUCUUUAAUUCAAACAAAAAGGAAAUUUAAAAACAACAAUUUGGAGUUUUAAUGUGGUUUAUGUGCCAGACUGUUUCUAUGAAGGCUGCAGAAUCUUCUAAAAUAACGAUUUGUACAAUAUGGUUUUCAUUUGAAAUAAACAAACCAGAUAUAAAGUGUCCGUGUUGGAGGAGGUCCAACAAACACAGGACUUUCACCCAGGAGACCGACGAUCAUGUCCCACGUUAAACUUAAAGACAAUUUUAACCUUUAUUACCGAACUGAUGUUACAAAACUAACGCCAACUGCACAAGUCACCCAACAAACAUACUUAUUUUACCCCGAAACACAAUCACAGGACAAGACAAUGUGCAUUUAAAAGACCUAUUAACAAAGAGGCUGAUGCUGCAAACAAUAAUAUCCUCCUUUAAUGGAUGAACAUCAUGCAAUCAUCAGAAAUCAGACACGUUGACUUCAGAGUGAGCGAGUUAUGAGCUCAUCAUUUCGAUGCUCAUUAUCUUCUACAUUCAAGAUACACAUUUAUAAACCAGAUUUUUAGUUUACUAAAUACAACCAAAGUAAUAAAAUCUAUUUUUAAAAUGCAGGUGUUUGUAUCAUGUAAAACUUUGAGCCGUCUUCAUCAAACUGUGUUUGUCUUUUCAAUGAUCGUCUGCUGUCAAACUGAGACACAAUUUAUCUGUAAAUGUGCCUUUUUAAAUGAAUAUUUAAUAGAGUAUUGUCGCGGGUCUCCUGCUGUAUUUUUAUUAAGUUUUAAUUUUAGGGGUUUAGAAAUCAAAUAAAAUCUGUGUUGUAGUGUUAUUUUAGAAUUAAAGGGAAGAACCACUCGAUUCAGUAAAUUGUAUUUUUACAAAAUGAUAACUACUGACGACUGCAGAUUUCUCUCUGUUGUGUGUUUGCAGUCACCAAAUUGUGUUUAUUUGAAUGUAAAAUGAUUAAAAUGACUGUUUCUAAUGAUUAAAUGAGUGAUACUCAGGUAGAAAAAAAUCAUGAAUCUUCAUAUAGAAUUUGUUUUUAUCAACAUGUGACUGAACUUGGGGCCAUUUCACUUUCAAUUAUUAUUUAAUUCAGUUGCAGAAUUUACUUUAAACUCCAAAUAAACAUGUUUAUUACUUUGACCAAAACAUUAAGAGAGUUUAAGCUCCGUCAUAAAACAAUGACUUGCAGUUUUACUUUGGUACUUUCACACCAAAGUAUAAAUGGGAGAAACAAAAGGCCUCCUGCUCAUUUCAAACUGGUUUAAUUGAAAAUGAACUGACUCCCAAAACCUGGAAACACCGGCUGUAGAACAAAUAUUUAUAUUAUUAGAAUUUAGAAGAGCUAAUUACUUUUCUUUUUUUUUACCUAAAGGUUGGUUGAUUUAGGUAGUUUUAGUUGUUUAUUUAUGUAUUUAAUGUGUUAUUUAAUGUCAACCAAAGAGAAGGAGGAAGAGGAGUGUUUGUGUGUGCUGGAGAACAAAGAGGAGGUUUAAUGUGUAAAAUAAAACAUUUCU